AUGACAUCUUAUGCAUGUCCUGACAAAGUUCAAAGCGGUAUUAAGCGCCCAAGUACGGAUGUUUCUGGAUUCUAUACGGUAAUUGGAAAAUCGCACCCAGCUCCUUACAUUAUCUUUGGGACAGUGCAUGGAUCGGCGAGUAAAGCUGCUGGAUACAAAUCUGAAAUUGUCAUCCAUGUAUCGAAUGCAGAUGUAUCUCAAUCGCAGUGUUGCCCCAAAGACCAUGAGUAUUCGGGAUAUGUGAAUGAUGACGAUUGGAAGGAAUUCGCAGCUAAACCCAUUGCAAAUGAGUAUAGAUUGUAUAAGGUAGAUUCAACUUCUGUUUACAAUAAAACUCUUCUCUCGCGACUGAAGUUUCUGCUUGCUAGCGUUCGUAGGUCUGUACCGGUAAUUCAUCAAAUCACUAAUUGCAAACCAAUCUUCAUUGACGGCUAA